GCGUUCCUAGUUUCGUUGCUUUUUUCCUUCCCCUGAGCCCUUUCGUGGACGACGUUGUCGCUAUGUUGCUUUUCCCGUAUCAGUGACAAAGAACGAACGAUAAGGCGAGAGAGAGAGAGAGAGAGAGAGGAAGAGAGAGAGAGGGAGGGAGGGAGUGUGUGUGUGCGUGUGUAUGUAAGGGUAAAAAGAGAAAGAGAGAGAGGGAGAGAGCGUGAUCAUUCCCUGGCGCGCGCGGCACCAGCGAGCAAGGCGACUGGCGAAAGAGAGUGGAGUACGAGAAGUGGAGAACUCGGGGAAACAGGAGAAAGACAGAGAAAGAAAGAUAGCGCGCCACUGAGAAAAAGAGCAGCUUUUCCUCCCUUCUCCGGCUUUCUGAAGCGAUAGACAGGACAGCGUCGUCAACGUCAGCAGCGACGUCGGCAUCCUGGACGAUCAGCAUACUAGGAAAGAAUCGGAGCUGCCGCGUACAAGAUGAGCGUGGGCAAGAUUUUAACAUGGAUGUUAUAUUUUAUCAUAAUAAGCGAGUGCCACAUCCGAAAGGGACGCGACGAGGAUGGUUCGAAGCUUAUACGUAUCAAUGGUGAUGUAAUUCUCGGAGGAAUCUUUCCUAUGCACGAACAAGUGGCAGGUUCCAUCGGUCAAUCACCAUGCGGAGCAGUGAAAGAAGAAAAAGGAAUGCAACGUUUGGAGGCUAUGUUGUACGUUCUCGAUGAAAUAAAUUCAGACGAUGAGUUAUUGCCAAACACCACGUUAGGCGCGCUUAUUCUCGACUCCUGCAGCAGUGAUACAUAUGCACUUGAUCAGAGUAUGGAAUUCGUCAGAUCUUACAUGAAUCAAGAUAUAUCGGAAUACAAAUGUGAAAAUGACAAACCACCGAUGUAUGUGCCCCAUAAACCUGUCACGGGUGUUAUAGGAGCUUCGUUUAGCGUAGUCUCCAUUAUGGUAGCCAAUAUUCUGCGAUUAUUCAAGAUACCACAGAUAAGCUACGCAUCAACGAGCACAGAACUGUCGGAUAAAAGUCGCUUCGAAUAUUUUAGUAGGGUAGUGCCGCCAGAUAAUUUUCAAGCUCAAGCCAUGGUGGAAAUCAUUCAUCAACUCGGUUGGAAAUACGUAUCUACGGUUGCAGUUGAAGGUGAUUACGGAGAGAAGGGUAUUGCCAGUUUUACCUCAUUGUCGACGGAGUAUAGUAUCUGCGUAGCAGUCAGCGAGAAGAUUUUGAGAAACGCGAAAGCCGAAGAUUUCGAUAAAAUCGUCGAAAGACUCGGUUCGAAACACAAUGCCAGGGGUGUCGUUUUAUUCGUCGAUGAAGAUAACAUAAGGAAACUUCUACAGGCAGCUGUUAGAGCUAAUCGUACAGGCCAUUUCAUGUGGAUUGGUAGCGAUUCGUGGGGUGCUAAAGUAUAUCCAGUGAGAGAUCAAGAAUUCGCGGCGGAGGGUGCAAUCACAAUUUUGCCUUAUAGAACAUCCCUUCAAGAUUUUGAUGACUAUUAUUUAAGCCUUCGACCAAGAGUGGAUAAUGAGUGUGAUGGUCAGAGUGAAAGUAAUGUGCCACACAAGAAAUUGCCUGGAAAAAUAGUAAAUUGUCGAAAUAUUUGGUUUCGAGAAUUUUGGUCUCAGCAUCACAAAUGCAGCUUCAAUGCAAAUUUGUCUGCUGGCAUGACACCCUGUACUGGUAACGAGAAAUUAAUUGAUUAUGAGCAAGAAGGAUUGGUGCCAUUUGUCGUUGAUGCAGUUUACGCAAUGGCGCAUGGUGUUCAUAAUUUAAUAAACGAGGAAUGUAUAAAUAAUGCUGGAACUAACCAUUAUUUGUGUGAAGAUCUUCGUCCAGCCCCAGACGGUCAACAACUACUUCAACAUAUUCGAAAUGUUAGUUUUAUCGGUCGUCAAGGUACUGAAAUUAAAUUCAAAUCCGAUGGCGAUGCGUAUGGAUUUUAUAAUAUAUAUCAGUAUCAAAGAAAAGAAGACGGGCGUUUUGAUUAUGUUCUUAUCGGUACAUGGAAAGAGGAGUUGGACCUUGAUAUUAACAUGACAAGGUGGGCAACAGGACCCGGAGAAAUGCACAUCCCUCGAAGUUUAUGCAGCGAUAAUUGCCCGCUGGGUCAUGUACGCAAUUUUCAGGAAGCCUGUUGUUGGAGUUGCGUGGCAUGUCGCGAAGACGCUUACGUUUUUAAUGACACUUGUCGCAGCUGUGGUCCAGGAUAUGCACCGGAUGAAACAGUAACAAGUUGCAUCAAACUAACAGCAGAAGUUAUUCCAUGGACUAGUCCGUGGGCAUUGGUGCCAUUGAUAUUUGCAUCCAUUGGCAUACUUAGUACUUUGUUUACAACGAUAGUUUUCAUUCGUUUCAAUCGUACUCCAGUAAUUAUGGCUUCUGGACGCGAGUUAUGUUACGUGUUGCUAGUAGGGAUUCUAUCGUGUUACGGCAUGAGUUUCGUGAUAUUAAGCAAGCCAACUACAUGGAAUUGCACAUAUCUGAGAAUCGGUCUUGGCUUGUGCUUAAGCAUCUGUUAUAGCGCGAUACUAACUAAAACAAAUCGUAUAUCACGCAUAUUCAAUCAAGGAACUAAGAGUAUAAAGAGGCCUUCUUAUACGUCUCCGAAGAGCCAAGUUGUAAUCGCUAUCGGGAUCACCGCAGUGCAAUUAGUUGGUGUUAUCGUCUGGCUAAUCAUUGAACCACCGGAUACCACGGAAAUUCAUCCGUAUCCAUUAUCAGCAGUACUCACAUGCCGCGUUUCCACGUUUUCAUUGAUGAUGUCCCUCGUCUACAAUAUGUUUCUAAUACUCAUGUGCACUUUGUACGCAUUCAAAACACGUAAGAUACCGGAGAAUUUCAACGAAGCGAAAUACAUUGGUUUUACAAUGUAUUCAACUUGCAUUGUAUGGUUAGCUUUCGUACCCAUCUACUUUGGCUCAAACAAUGACUACAAGGUGCAAAUCGCGAGCAUGUGCAUGUGCAUCAACAUCUCUGCGUCAGUAGCUCUCGGUUGUCUUUUCACUCCGAAAGUAUAUUUGGUACUUUUUCAACCAUAUAAAAAUGUUCGGCCUGGACAUGCUAAUUUUCAUAUUAAAAACAUUACGGGUGGACUUCAAAGUGGUAACCGCGCAGUAUACAGCAUGCGAUUUUCUGGCGGUCGUAGUCAAACAAUGCAGAGCAUGACCUCCUGUUCUCGGAGCAGUCCACCGGCAUCACGUCCAAGCCAGGACGAGGUGAAACAUGCCAACGAGUGUCAGGCCAGAAUUCAUGAGACAACCGUGGAGAUAUACGACGAUGACGAAGAGGACCGUAAGCUCUCUACUAUCCAGGAAGUGUCAGAAUCAAGAGACAUUUCCAGUCCUUCGAUGUUCGCGGAAAAUUGCCGAAAUCGAAGUCGGAAGUCGAUUUCCAGCGAUUCCGACCAGUCGGGCGAUCCAGCACGUAAAAAUCGCAUGGGAACGAUCAGUUGCAUCUCCGACAAAGUGGAGUCUUAUAAAACUGAAGCUAACAUUUUCCCAAGCGAAGAUCAAACUUUCCACGUCUACAGCGAUUCACCGACGUUUUCCGAUUUUUCAUCGUAAAUCACGACAUGUAAUGUCAAGGUAACGAAAAACUGUCAUUUUUUAACAUGCGAAAAAUUAUUUAACGGUGCCAAGACGUCUUUUUAGCCUCGCAUUUGUCCUCACAAGGGCAAAUUAGAUAUAAAGUGCAUACAUAUAUGUAAGUGCGAAAUUACUGUUCAAAACAUUUAGAAAAUCAAAUACCUUUUAUAUAGCUUUUUAGCAGAUCUUAAUUCCAAUUUCUUCUAAAUUUUAAUUCUAAUUUAUUCAACGUUCUUCCAGUCGUUCAUUUUUUCCUUGGCUGUUUUGGCAGAAUUUAUUAUUUCAAAUCUUGAAUUAGAGAUUCGUAUUGAGAUAUUUCCCAUCAGUGCUACAGACACGAAUUAAAACGCAAUUUACUUAGGUGAACUACUUAAUAUUACGUUGUUCGAUGAACAAGGAUAAUAAUCUCGAUUCGUUAGUUCCUUAUACAUCUCUUAGGGAUAAAUAUUGCAAUAUUUCGUACUAUAUAUUACGACAUUCAAUCGAAGUUGAUAACACGUGUACAAAAUAUUUAUACUUAUUUUAUAUGUAUACAAUGUUAAUUUACUUUACGAGGAUAAAGUCUUGAUUAAAAUUUUGAUAGAAUAUCAGUAGAAUAGAUAUAUUGUACACAUUUAUUUGCAAACUAUUUUAUAAAACUAUCAAAUAUUUUAUCCUCUUACGGAUUGUUCCAGAAGUACGUAUGCGACAAAUUAACGAAUCACUAACAGAAGAGGUAUCGUAUAUGAUAAAGAAAAUCGCCACUGUUUUCGCAUUUCUUCCUUCAAGAAAAUUGGAAUGUAAAGCUGAAUGCUACAUUGAUAUCAUCCGAAAAGAUCUAAAUUUUUCAUUCCUCAAUUAUCUCUGACAAGAUACUCAAACUUUAUCUAUUUUUGAACAUAUUCGGAUGUCGUGCCCACUUAACAUAAUAAUAAAAAUAUGUUCUCCACAAUUUCUACAUAUGUAUGAAACUAAAUCAGCCGUGAAAAGUUAAUUUACUUUUCUGAAAUCUGUUGCUAGGUAAAGAAUAUUUGGAGCACUCUCUUCGCAAAAGUCGCGAAACUAUUAACACAUAU